AUGGACAAAAUAUUAAGAGGCAUUAUGAGGUAUCGCGUUCUAGACCGAGCCAUCAUGGUAAAACAAUUCCAGGAAGUUAGAGAUAAUCCCGUUCCAAAAGCAAUUUUUUACACAUGUAUGGACAGCAGAAUGAUUCCCACAAGAUUCACAGAAACAUGUGUUGGUGACAUGUUUGUUGUGCGUAACGCGGGAAAUUUAGUACCCCAUUCUGAACAUUUUAUUGACGAAAUGACUAGCUGUGAACCGGCUGGAUUAGAGCUCAGCUGCAUCAUAAAUGACAUCAGACAUGUUAUAGUAUGUGGGCAUAGUGACUGCAAAGCAAUGAAUCUAUUGUAUAAACUUAAAAGUAAAGAGGAAUCUAGUGUUGAACAGAGAAGAAUCUCUCCACUAAAAUCGUGGCUGUGUACCCAUGGACAAACGAGUUUAAAAAAAUUUCUUAAAAUGGAAGGUGACUUUGAUAAGCCUAUGUUAUUUACUGGCGAAACACCGCAACGAAAAUUUGUUGCGUAUAUAGACCCAGAAAAUAAGUUUUGUAUAGAAGAUAAGUUAUCACAGGUUAAUACUCUACAACAAUUACAAAAUAUAGCUUCGUAUGGAAUGUUAAAAAAACGAUUAGAGAAGCACGAUCUACAUAUUCAUGCACUGUGGUUUGAUAUUUAUACUGGAGAUAUAUAUUAUUUUAGCAGGCGUGCUAAGAGGUUCAUCAUAAUAGACGAAUCUACUUAUGAAUGUAUAUUAGCUGAAAUAAGAAGAUAUUAUUCAUAG